GACAGGAGACUUGUAGGAUUGAAGCCAUGUUUCUACUCGUUCUAUUCUCAGGGUUUUUCACCUUCACCUUGAGCGUCGAUCGUCAGUAUGUCUUUGUGAAUGAAUCUAAGACAUGGGCAGAAGCUCAGAGAUACUGUAGAGAGAAAUACACUGAUCUGGCCACCAUUGAGAAUCAACAGCAGACGGUUCAGUUAAUAGACACAAUAAAUGAUGAUUCCAUUGAUUUGGCCUGGAUUGGACUCUAUGAUGAUCUGAACAGUUGGAAAUGGACUCUGGAGAACAGUGAUUUCUUCAAGGCAGGAGAGAAAGACUUCAGGAAUUGGAAUAACCCAGGACCAGAUAUUUCUACACCACACCGUUUGUGUGUGUAUAUGAACUAUGGCGCAUGGCUUACAACAGGCUGCUCUUCAUUUUAUCCUGUUAUCUGUUAUGAUGGAAGAGAAAAUGCCAGUGCUACCUAUGUUGUGGUUAACCAGUACCAAACCUGGUCUCAAGCUCAGAGUUACUGCAGAGAACAUCACACAGACCUCGUCAGUAUCAGGAGUAAGACUGAAAACGAUAAGAUGCAAUAUUUAUUACAAACGUUUCUUCUUUAUGAAACUUGGAUUGGACUGUACAGAACCAGAUCUUGGUCAGAUCAGAGCAACUCUUCAUUUACUUACUGGAAAACAGAUCAGCCAGAUAAUGCAGGAUACUGCACAGUAGUCUCAUUCAGUGACUCCGGGAAAUGGGCAGAUGAAUACUGCGAUUUUGCAUUCACUUUUUUUUUGUUACAGCGGUGA